AUGAUAGAAAAUCUCAAGUCUUCAGCUGAUAGCAUCUACGACGCAAUUCCUAGCCGGCAUCAACGAGCUAUAGCCAUUAAAGGGAAAGUAAUUGUGCGGGAGCGGGAGGCUGCAGGCUCAUACAGGAAAAUGUUAAAGCCCGGUCAUCAGUUGGCAAAAUGUAGGGAACAUGGUAAGACGUGUCAUUGCAGAUCAAAUAAGCAAAACCCCAACCAACCGGUAAGCCAGGUCAGAAGCGGUGGUGCCUUGCAACCUGAUGCUAGAAUGUCACAGUCAGAGCUGGAGUUGCAUCGUUCUAUGAUGCUUCGAGAAGAAAAGAGCCUCUUCGCCUCAGCCGGCGGCAGCCGGCCCACCGACGCAAUUAUGGCUGCACUUCUUCUCUCAGCUCAUAGCCCACCUAGAGGGAAGCCCAGGGUGGUUAGGAUGCUAUGUCCCAAGAAGGUGAAGUUCCAUGCAGGAAGGCUAGUCAGAAGGAGUGCCUCAGGAUCGCUCAGCCAAUUCGUAUUUUGCUUGGUCUCAACUUUUCGGCGUUAAGCAUUCUGCCAUAAUCUCAUGUCCCAAAACCGUUCUGAAGCGGAUAACGUAACUACCGCAAAAAAAAGAAUAAACUGAUGGUCUGUCCAAAUUCACAUGACAAAGUGAGUGGGAGAAGGCAUGCUAUAUGGCUGAGAAACAGGU